CACAGACAGAGAUAGUGACCAUUAGACAAAGAGGAGAAAGAGGAGAGACCCCAGUGUUGUGGUUGAUUCAUCGAGGCAGUAGAAGCAGGAUGUGGGUCCUCAUCUGGGCAGCUCUACUUUUCUCUCUGACAGAGAGAACCACAUGCCCAAAGAAGGCCCCUCCAGCAGCAUACAACAUCACCUUCAGUCCAGCAGAGAUAACACCACAGACUGGACUAUGUGCUGUUAUUCCAUGUUCGUUCACUCACCCUGAUGACUUCCUUGCUAGCAUAGCAAUGUGGCUUAAAUGCCCUGAUGAACGAUGUUCUGUUAAAGUCGAAACAGACUCUAUUUUCCACUCAAUGAAUUCCUCUAUAGCUCAGGAGGGUUAUAGAAGGCGAGUAGCACUACUGGAGACAGACCUGACAAAGAAGAACUGCAGUAUGAUCAUCAACGACAUCACUAAGACUGAUGACGGAGACUAUCAAUUAAGACUGUCCGGAACAUUGAACAGUGUAUAUAUAAGUCAAUUUACAUACCAGAAGAAACUGAAAAUGGCAGUGAAAGCUCUGACCCAGAAGCCCUCAGUGUUGACUCCUCCUCUGACAGAGGGAGAACCAGCGACCCUGACCUGCACCGCCCCGGGGAUCUGCUCUGGAACUCCUCCUAACAUCACAUGGACAUGGAGAGGGACAGGAGACAACAUCACUGAGCUCAGAGACAACACCACUACACAAAGGAGAGAGGAUCUGACCCGCGUCACAACAACCCACUUCUCAACUUUGAACUUUACACCUUCAGCAGACCACCACACCACCAAGGUCACGUGCCAAGUGACAUUCAAAGGGAACAUCACCACUGAGGAGACAGUGACUUUGAAUGUGACUCAUGUAAAGGAACCCAAGAUCUCUGGUAGUAACACAGUGAGAGAGGGUGAUACCCUGAAUCUGUCUUGCUUUGUUGACAGCUACCCACCACCACCAGCAAUCACCUGGAGUAAGAAUGGGACAACAGCUUUGGAACAGAAUAACUCUGGACUGGCCUCUCUCACCAUCUCCAACAUGACAAGAGAACAGGCUGGGGAGUAUGUGUGUAAAGCUCAACACCUCAACAGGACAGCUUCCAUUGUUGUCACUGUGAUGUACCCUCCUGUGAUUCUCAAUGCUUCUGGGUGUGUCAUCCAGGCAAAGGUCAUGACCUGUGUGUGUGUCAGCCAGGGGGUUCCCUUACCUCUCAUAGGCUGGCUUAACACUGAGCAGUACUCCCUCACUAAAUCAGUGUUGAGGUCCUCAGUGAACACCACCAUCAGGAUGCAUGUCGGAAACCACACCAACACUACUGUGGAGUGUGUCAGCACAAAUGAAGUGGGCAGAGUGAGAGAGAAGUUGCAAGUCACCCAAAAAGAGAGCCAAGGAAAGCAAGGAGAGGAAGUAUCUAAAGACAUCUUGGCUCUGCUGUUGAACCCACCACUGAUUGCUGCAUUUGUGAUUGGUGCAGCCUUCUCAUCCACCAUCUGUUGUAUCAUCCUGUGUUUGACAGGGAAAUGUAAAAGAUGCAAAGAGAGGAUCCCAAAGGACUCCGGCUCUAAAAGCCCUUUAACGAAACUGGAGAUGGUGGCAUGUGAAGACCAACAGACGAAUGCAGGACAGGCUGUGCGGGGCGAACAGACCCCUCUGCAGGUGGUGCUGAUGGAGGGAGCUGAAAACACAGGACCCCAGACCAGUGGAGCUGCAGUAAACUCUGCCAAAAGGGAAGAACCUCAAGAUGUGCACUACGCCACUAUCAACUACUCCCAACUGAAGAAGACUCCUGAGGAGGCAGAGAAGAAGACCACCACCUCGAAGUCAGAGUACGCCAAAAUCAAACGAGAGAAUAAGAAAGAAGGGUAUGAAGGUGGAGGAGAGGGGAGUGGAGUGAUGUACGAGGAGGAGAACGAGAAUGGUAAGCCAGCAGCAGAGACAUAUGAGAAUACAGAGCUUUACUCCAACGUCAAGGCUAUUAUGGGUGGUGAGUGACACAGCAAUUUUCACUAGAAACAUGGGGGAUAGCAUGCAGUAUUAUAUAGCCAUGUGUUCCUUUAUCAUUUUCUGAAUCCAGAUUGAAUGUUUUAUGUUGAUACUGGGACUUUUGCUCAACUGAAACUACUGUAGUUUUGGUGUUGUUUCCUCAUGUGCUUAAUGCAGAUUGAAUGUUUUAUGUUGAUACUGGGACUUUUACUCAACUGAAUCUACUGUAGUUUUGGUGUUGUUUCCUCAUGUGCUUAAUGUAGUUUGAAUGUUUUAUGAUAAGAGACGUUGUUUAAUAACUGAAACUACUGUAGUUAAUAGUUUUGGUAAAUGAUUUAUUUUACAGCCCUGUGUCAGAUGGUACUGUAUGUAUCUGGUGGUUGUACAUUUUCAAUAAGAAUAUUUUCUAGUUGUACAUAGAAGCAAGUUUUGGUCAAGUUUUUAUAAAGUCUUUCAAGGAAGAGUCAUUUUACUUUUGUAAUGACAGUGUUUUGUCACCAAGGGGAAGGACUGACACAUAUGCGGUUGGGAAAAGAGGUCAAGACAUUUAUUUUUUCUUCUCCUCUUUCCUUUCAUUUUUGCAUUUUGAUUUGACAAGUGGGUGGGGAUAUUAGGUAGUAUGUGUGGAUGUAAUCAAUAUAUUUCUGUAAAUAGAAUACUGAUACACUGUUGGAAAUGUUGGCAAAAUGUAAAUCAGAAUUCUCAUUUUGGGCUAGCCAGAGAGCUCAAAUUAAAGAAUCAAGAAAAAAAGUACAUUAUGAUUUUAAAUGUUGUUUGCUUUAGACAGAUUGUUUGUUUAGCAACAAAACAGAUGUGAGCACAACUAUGUGGUAAAACAGAUGGGUUGGCUUAGAUCGUUGACUACACGUCACAUAUUUUGUCUCCAAUGUUUGAAAAUAUAAAUACAUUUCCUAAAGGAGCACUUGUUGUUACAGUUGUUUGGUUAGCUAGGUAGCAUUUUUUGUGUGCCAUAUUAGCAAAUAACACCCCCCAGAAAUAUGACAUUUCCAGAACAACAUAAAACUAGCUGAAACAAGCCACCUACUAUUCGCCAGAUGGCAGCUUUGUGUCAUUGUUGCUAGAUAUCUGGCCAUCCAGAAUCACCACAACAUGCGGUCUUCUGCCCCAUUGAAGCAUGCCUAUCGUUUUCAUGACAUUGUCAGCUAACCCAUUUAUGAGCAUAUUUUUCUAUUCAUAAGUGUGCAUUAUUGCAGUAUUGUUUUAUAUUGAGGCACUACCUCAAUCUUUUUUUGUAUUUUCAUUUGUUUGUUCUCUGAAAUCUGUUAAAAGAAUGUAUAAAUGGUACAAUUUCCAACUUACCAUCUCCACAAAUUUUGUUCAAUAGUAAUUAUAAGCUACCAAUUGAAUAAAUCAGGAAUGGACAACUUUGAUGGGGGUGGAGGCCACAAAGAAAAUCAUCACAGGGGUCCGCAGUGGCUCACAGGUCUGCAUACCCACAUCUGUACCAACACAUGUAGUCAGAGCCAGAGUCAGGGCUCUGACUACAUGUGGGUAUGCAGCCCUGUGAGCCACUGUGGCCCCCUGUGAUGAUUUUUUUUGUUUUUGUGGUGCAGUGGUGCAUUCUGCCACCUAGAGUGUGUUAUAUGAACAGGAAUAAAGGUAAGGUUGGCGAUUUACUGCCACCUGCAGUUAGGAAAUAUUUGCUCACAAGUAUAAUUCAUUGGCUGAUCUCUCCUGAUAAGCCGAAUGGAAUCAUGUGAUCCCUCUUUAAAACCUCUUAAGGAUCCAUUUCAAUUUUCGCCUAAAAUGACUUACCCAAAUCUAACUGCAUGUAGCUCAGGCAUUUUCUUGGUACCAUUUGAAAGGAAACACUUUAAGGUUUGUGGAAAUGGGAAAGGUAUUUAGGAGAAUAUAACACAUUAGAUCUGGUAAAACACAACACAAAU